AUGCAGCUCUCGCUCACCACCAUUGUCCUCAGCCUUGCUGCCAUUGCCGCGGCCACGCCCCAAGACGCCCCAACGAUCAUGACCCGGCAAAACCAAAACCGGCCGGUUGCCAGCGGGAACUGCUGCGUUGCCAACGUCUCCCUGAAGCAGGACGCCUGCACAGCCGCCAACGGUCAGGCUGGCCGUUGCGUCCCGGGAGGCAACAAUUGCGGCGGUGCCCUCAGUUGCGUCGCCCAGAGCAACUUGCAGUGCGAUAACAGCAUCAUCGAACGUGGCAAGUCACUUUGCCGUGCGAAGGCCGCUAACGGCGGUUUCAUUGACGGCGCCCGCAUCAUCAACUCGCUGUCCCAGGCCACGAUCAACUGA